AUGGUCAGAGAUUUGGUUUUCCUGGGACGAGGUGCCUUUGCCAAGAAAGCCAAGCUGGAGAAACGAGGGGCUCGAAAAACACCGCUUCGGAACAUGCACGGAGGGCCCCUCGGAACCUGCGGCUCGGAAAUCUCCCCGCAGCGCAAUCCCGUUCUCCGGAUUGUGCUCCGGAUGUUCCCGACACGCCAGAGCCUGGCUCUUCCCAAGCUAACCUUCUCCUCCUUCUCUUCCUUCUCCAGCUUACGGCGAGAAGGUUACACGGUCCAGGUGAAUGUCAACGACUACCUGGACAUCUACUGCCCACAUUACAACACCUCGGUGCCCGAGGGGCGCAUGGAACAGUACAUCCUCUACAUGGUGAGCCUGGAGGGGUACCAGACAUGCGACAUCAGCCACGGCUUCAAACGCUGGGAAUGCAACCGGCCUCGCGCCCCACACAGCCCCAUCAAGUUCUCGGAGAAGUUCCAGCGUUACAGUGCCUUCUCACUGGGUUAUGAGUUCCACGCUGGCAACGAAUAUUACUACAUCUCCACUCCGACGCACAAUCACCGCCGGUCCUGCCUGCGGAUGAAAGUCUUCGUCUGCUGCCGUUCCCCGUCGUUUUCUGGGGACAGAGCGGUACCAACUCUUCCGCCAUUCACUAUAGGGCCCGAAGUGAAGAUUGAGGAUCUGGAUCAUUUUAACCCCGAGAUGCCGAAACUGGAGAAGAGCAUCAGCGGGACGAGUCCGAAGUGGGAACAUUUGCCUUUAGCCCUGGUGGUGGCUUUCUUCCUUAUGAUUCUCCUGGCCUCCUAGCUUGUGUGGAUUGAGAGGGGGAGGGGGCCCAGCAGUAGCCCCCUCCCCACACGGGCUCGGUUUCCUCCCCAAGGUCUCCUUGGCUGUUGAUUGGCGGACAGAGAGAAAGAAACAAAAGUAUAUUCACCUGUGAAAUUUCAGAGGGAGACACACUUGACAUGGCUGGGUGGGAAGGUCGGGUGGCCGAAGAGAGCAGCGAGAUUUUCGUGGGCAUAACUCUCCUCCAUCCGGAUAUCAUGAUCCCUGCUUCAGCGUCUUCUCCGCUUUCUACCAAACGCUGCGGAACGACCCUGCUUUAAAGGCAGGAUCCAGAAUUUAAGACACACACACACACACACACACACACACACACACACACACACACACACACACACAAAUUGAGGGGGGGAGGGAGGUCUUCUUUUCUUUUCCCUUUUUUUUUUUAAAAAAAAAUUAUCAUUCUGCUAUUCCUGAGCGCGGCGACUUUGUAUCGCCGUCCUUGUAUCCCUAUCGUUGUCUCGUCUCGCCCGUACGAGCGGACAAAUGGGCGGACGUACCGGCGAGAUCGUCCUCGUAAAGGAUUUUGGGAGGGUCAAGGACACGGACCAUUUGUUAAGCCUGGCCAUUUGGGGAAAGGUGGAAGAGGCGGCCAGGGAGUGAGUACCCCGCACUUGGAGAGGGGCAUUGCGUCCCCACGGAGCUUUCGAUGUCCGAGAUUUUUUGGGGAGUCCAUGCUGUCGUCUCCCCGGUGCUCAUCUCGAGCUCAACGGACACCCGAUAUUUUUGGGACGCGGGGGAUCCUGUACAUAUCUCGUGUGUGUUCUGUACAGAGAGGCACCGUUAUUAUCUUGUGUCUAUAGAUUAUAUGAAAUUGUUCUCGUAACGGGGUGGGGGUUGGCGCGGAACAGGCACCGGCCUGCCUGUUUAAGCCAGAGUCUUUUUUUUUUCUCUUUUUAGGGGGGGUGGUUGUGGGGCAGCUCUUCCUGUCUGUCUUCUGUGAAGACCAAACCUAUGCAAGUGGCACAGUCACUUUUUUUUUCUU